CUAGUGAUAGUAAUAAUAAUGGUUACUCGCUUUGAGGCCUUAUGCCGGGGUCACGACAGCACUGGGCAGCCGACAACCUUGGCUAGAGAGCUACGGAGAGUAUAUGCCCCAGUGAGCACUGAUGAGCAAGAGAAGCUGCAUAUGGAUAAACCAUGGAGAUCUGAUCCAGACUUUUUCAAGAAGGCUCGUAUCACAGCCAAUGCUAUGGUGAAGAUGGUUACUCAUGUAGCCUCGGGUGGUGAUAUUGAAGUUAUGGGCCUAAUGCAAGGUCGUAUCGUCGGACAUGACUUCAUCAUAACUGACGCCUUCCCUUUACCUGUGGAGGGCACUGAAACUCGGGUCAAUGCCGGCGCGACAGCCAAUGAGUUUAUGAUAGAUUUCGUGGAAUCCAAUGAGUCGCAGAUAUCCAACGAUAACGUGGUCGGUUGGUACCAUAGCCAUCCUGGAUAUGGUUGUUGGUUAUCGGGCAUUGACGUCGAAACUCAGCGUCUAUACCAGAGGGCUAAUGAACCGUUCGUUGCGGUAGUCAUAGACCCUGUGAAAACAACAGCACAGAGAAGAGUUGAGAUUGGUGCCUUUCGAACGUAUGAGAAGACUUCCUCUGCUCCCAGUGGUACAGCAGCUGAUGGUGCUGCUCGUGUAGUUGGUAAUAUACCAUUGGAUAAAGUCCAAGAUUUUGGCGCUCAUGCCAAUAGUUAUUAUUCUUUGGAGGUCGAGUAUCUGAAGUCACCAUUGGAUAAUCUUAUACUCACCAAGCUGUCUAACUCUUCCUGGGUGGCUCUACUAUGUUCCUCACCCCUCUCAACCAAUACUGAGCAGAUCAACUCGGCAGACCAGCAACUCCCCUAUCUACGCAAGCUGGUAGCUGAUGCUGGAGCCAAGACGAAAGCUAGUCUUGGAGAUAUCACUGCAGACAGGGGUCGUAGCGGAGGUGCUACCCAGGCUUCAUCUAAAGGGCCCGUGGUGGACAACACACAAGUUGGCAAUGCUCCCGCUGGAAGUGGGCGUGAGGAAGAGGAGGAAAACUGCGAAUGCAUGGAACCAUCACGGCAGAACCCAGGGACUCAGCAAGCUAGGCUUAGUGAGAGGCGAACAAAGAAGCAUCGAUCUUCCCCCGAGGGUGGGAUAACAGCUACUGCGGGAGGCAGAGGACGACACCAGAGGAGUAUCGAACUCCGCACUGGUGGGCCAGAGUCUCCACCAAUAUGCCCAACAUCCCAGCAAUGCAUAGGGUUGGGAUUAGCAGCACAGGAUGGGCUAUCGGCCAGUAUCGAGCUAGUCUCCUGUGUACUAGCCUCACAGAGAGCACAACACAUGAUAUUCGCUGACAGCCACCAUAUGAGGAGGCCACACGGCAACAGUGAAGGGAACCCUUCGUAGUAAUCUCCAUUAUCCAAUUGUGUCACGUUUCUAU